AUGGUCCCUUUGGAAGUGGCAUUGAGCGACGCCAUUGGCGCACGUGUCCGCAUCAGCACAGCCCCGGUCGCGUCGACGAUUGAGGGCACCCUCUUCACUGCCGACCCCAUCACGAAUCUAGUCGCCAUUGACACCGCCGACGAAAAGCAGUCCCAAACUGGCGACUACCGCAUCAUCCCCAUUUCGCGUAUACAAUCCGUUCAGAUCCUCUCCCUCGCCCCGUCUGCCACCGCCUCCGAUGGACCGUCCUUCGCCGACGCGGUACCACCCCUCCACGCUCUCGACAUACGUUCCCUGAAGAACCGGGAGGCCAAUGCUAUUGCUAAAGCGCACGAAAGCGAGGCUCGUCGUGGUAAGGGCGUGACCCGCGAGGCGCAGGACAUCUUCGACGCCUUCAGUCGGACCAUGCCGGCGAGAUGGGAUGGGGCCAAGAUCAUUGUGGCAGAUGCAGUUUCCAUUGCGGCUCCAUACCGCGUGGACGACUGUCGGCCUCUGGUGGCUGGUGACACGGCUGCCCUUGCCCGAGUACGCAAGGUGCUCGAAAUGGAACGCAAAAAAAUCGAACUGCGCAAUGCCAGCGCCACCAUCGGGCCUGGCGCUGCUGGACAGAGAAAGGGCGGUUGA